AUGCCUGCCACUGCAUUACCAACUCCUCUAUUGCAACAUGUCCAGGGAAGUACGAGGUCAAUUAACUUACCUCUGAACCAAGACAACAGAGAAUUAUAUCUUUUGAAAGAACUCUAUGGCUAUGAUUCAUUUCAGGUUGGGCAGUUAGAGGCAAUUCAAUCGAUACUGCAAGAUAAAGAUACAUUAGUUCUAAUACCAACUGGAGGUGGUAAAAGUCUGAUUUAUACCAUGGCUGCUGUUCUUAAGCAAGGACUUACUAUCAUCAUUGAACCUUUAAAAUUCAUUAUGGAGGAACAGGCUGAAAAGCUUAGACAAGAACAAGUCCCAGCCUUUUUAACUCAUAACUCAUCCCUUACAGACACAGAGAUGGAGUAUGUGGUCAAUGCUCUUUGUCGACAAGACCUACCAUUUGCUAUCCUCUUCACCAGCCCUGAGUGUAUUGUCUCCAGCAAACUGCUCAACAUUCUCAGGAAGUGGAAUGAUGCAGGCAAUUUAAAUUUUAUUGCUGUCGAUGAGGCACAUUGUAUUGAUAUAUGGGGGCCAGAUUCAGGCCAGAUUACCUUAAAAUGGGUCUACUGA